CCGAGGGAGGGGUGCACCACUUUCUGUUUAGCAGUCAAGAAAACAAGCUAACUGUCUGUCUUUUGGCUUUCUGUGAAGGGGGUCAAAGAUCUUCCGGCGGACACCAUGGAUAACUUUCAGACUGUCCUGCGCUUCUUCAUGAACCAGAAAGCCACCAUCGGCUACAGCUUCAUGGCUCUGCUGACCAUCGGAGGGGAGCGGGUCUUCUCCAUGGUCUCCUUCCAGUGCCCUUGUAACCACGACCAGAACUUUGCAUAUGGCCUGACGUUCCUGCUGGGUCCUGCCGCGGUGCUGCUGGUCCUGGGGCUGUUCUUCAGCACCCGGCUGUGGAGGCUUUACACCGGCUGCUGCCUCAACCCCCUCAAGCUCUGCCCCCGCGGAAACUGCUUCAGCUGUGUCCGGGUGUUCCUGAGCAUCUUCAGCGGGGCCUGCGUGGCCCCCAUCAUGUGGCUGUGCGUGGCCCUCCUCAACGGGACCUUCUACGAGUGUGCCGUCAGUGGGCUGGACGAUAACCUGGUGGUGGAUCUGUUCUGCAAGAACAAGACCCUGAAGUGUCGGGAGGAGCUGGCCCGGGUGCCCUGUGACCGCUCCAGGCUGACUGGGGACGAACGAAUGGAGCUGCUGCUGAUGUUCAGGGCGCAGUCUCAGAUCUUGGGCUGGUGUAUCAUCAUCCUGGCAGCCGUCAUUGGCCUCCUGGGAACCUGCUACAAGAACUGCCGCUCCAAAGUCAGCUACCUGCAGCUCACCUUCUGGAAACGUUACAUGGAGAAGGAGAAAGAGCGCUUCGACGCAUUCGCCUUGGACUACGCCACCAAGCUGGCAGAGAGGAACCUGAACAGCUUCUUUGAGAACAAGGACCCUGAACCGUUCCCCUUCCCCAACCACAAGGCCUGGGAGGAGAUCUCAGCGUACUACACCUUCAGCAGAAGCGAACAGUUCUACAGCACCCUGCAGCGCUAUGUGGAGAGGGUCGACAGGGACUACACGCCGGAGAAGAGACCCGUCCUGGACCUGGAGCACGGCAUGGAAAUGCAUUAGACCACAGAUCCUGACCAGAUCACUCACUGCUUCUAUCGUGAAGUUUGAUGCAUGUAGUUUGACUUAGCCACAAACAGGAGAACAGGAGAACAUAAACCAGAAGCAGAACCACAAUUUUCCACACUGCAUGAAGAACUGAUCAGACUGGACUUCAUUACCUGCCUCAUGUCAUCAUGUUGAGUCAAGGCUGUUAAAAGACGUGAAGACGUCUGAUGGAGUUGAUUUGAAUGACUCUCGUAUAAUUAGAAGCAUUAUCACCAAGCUGAAUAUACAGUCAAUCAAUGACUGUGUGUUGAUCAGUUUAAUGAUUUCAACUUCAUAGCGACAAAAACAAGAAUUACCUGGGAGUGCUUUGAGAGACUAAAAAAUAUAUAAAUAUAGGUCACUUCAGCAAGUAGAGGAGACAGUAGAAACGAAGAACAGGAAGAAAACUGGAGAACCAGGCCAGAGGAGACUUCCUGUAGAACCAGACCCAGAGGAGAAUUCCUGUAGGACCAGACCCAGAGGAGACUUCCUGUAGAACCAGACCCAGAGGAGAA